AUGUCCUCCAGCGCCCACAGCCACGCCGGCAGCCGGCAGUUCCCGGGGAAUUGCACCCUGGAGAGGGCCCUGCAGACCGUGGUGGACGUUUUCCACCAGUACAGCAUCCGCCAGGGCGAGAUCGACCUGCUCAGCCUCGGCGACUUCACCACGCUGCUGAAGGAGCAGGCGCCGUCCUUCCUGGGGACCUGCGACAGGAACCAGGCGGGAUACUUGGAGAAGCUCUUCCAAGAGACGGACCUGAACAAGGACACGGAGCUGAGCUUCGAGGAGUUCACCAUCGUGCUGAGCAAGGUGGCCGACGACGCCCACCGCAUCAGCCACGGCUCCGAGCGCUGCGGGCCGGACCAGGACUGA